AUGCUUUUUUUAAGUAAUGUGUUAUUUAGAUGUAAGAGUAAAAGGGUUCAUAUAAAUUUAAUAUCAUCAUGUGCAAGUAAUUAUAUAUACUCCACUUACAUUUCUCCAAGUAAAUCAAAGUACAGAUUAUCAUUAAGAAAACAUGACCCAGUAGUUAAUCGACAUGUAAUGUUUUAUCAAAAACAUAUAAAAGCAAAAUCAAAAAAAAAAUGGAAGAAUAAAAACUUAAGACCACUCUUAAAAAGAGUAGAAAAGUCGUACCUCUAUGGAAAAUUCAACAAAUUAAUAGACAACACAUACAGGAGUCUUCCAAGAAUGAGUUAA